CCACCUUGCUGCUGUACUGUAUAUAUGUCUAUGCUGCAGAGACACCGGUAACAGACAGCCGUGUGGAUUAUGACUACAAGUUGCUCUACUUAACACAGAGCAACAACGCUUUUACAUCAAUUUAAAGCGGAACAACUCGUUUCUAUUUGUGUUUGUACAACUGUAGAUACCGUUAUAGCUAGAAGACAGUCUGAGGAUGUCAGUGGUGGGAUUUGACUUGGGCUUUCAAAGCUGCUAUGUAGCUGUAGCCCGAGCCGGAGGGAUCGAGACAGUCGCUAAUGAAUACAGCGACAGAUGCACACCCUCAGUUGUAUCGUUUGGACCACGAAAUCGGUCCAUAGGAGCCGCUGCAAAGAGCCAGGUGGUGACCAACUGUCGUAACACGGUGCAGAGCUUCAAGCGAUUCCACAGCAGGGCGUUCACAGACCCUUAUGUCCAGUCGGCCAAGUCUAACUUGGUGUACGACCUGGCACAGAUGCCGUCUGGAGCCACCGGCAUAAAGGUCAUGUACAUGGAGGAGGAGAAAGUGUUCAGCAUCGAGCAGGUCACCGGCAUGCUGCUGUCCAAGCUGAAGGAGACAGCUGAAAGUGCACUGAAGAAACCCGUAGCAGACUGUGUCAUCUCGGUCCCGAGCUAUUUCACUGACUCGGACAGGAGGUCUGUCAUGGAUGCAGCUCAGAUCGCAGGCCUCAACUGUCUGCGGCUAAUGAAUGAGACCACUGCAGUGAGUCUGGCAUAUGGCAUCUACAAGCAGGACCUGCCGGCUCCAGAAGACAAGCCCAGGAUAGUGGUGUUCGUGGACGUUGGCCACUCGGGUUACCAGGUGUCAGUCUGUGCCUUCAACAAGGGAAAGCUCAAGAUACUGGCCACAGCGUUCGAUUCCGAGCUCGGUGGGAAGGCCUUCGACGACAUCCUGGUCAACCACUUCUGCGAGGAGUUUGGGAAAAAGUACAAGCUGGACGUCAAGUCCAAGCCCCGGGCGCUGGUCCGACUGUCCCAAGAGUGUGAGAAACUCAAGAAGCUGAUGAGCGCCAACUCCUCCGACUUGCCGCUCAACAUUGAGUGCUUCAUGAAUGACAUCGAUGUUUCCGGUAAACUUAACAGAGGUCACUUUGAGGAGAUGUGUGCGGGGCUGCUGACCAAAGUAGAGGGUCCCCUUCGCAGCGUCAUGGAACAAGCCAAGCUGAAAAAGGAAGAUGUCUAUGCGGUGGAGAUUGUGGGCGCAGCCUCCAGAAUCCCAUCCAUCAAAGAGCGAAUCAGCAAAUUCUUCGGCAAAGAGCUGAGCACCACCCUGAACGCAGACGAGGCCGUGGCUCGAGGCUGUGCUCUGCAGUGUGCUAUCUUGUCACCAGCAUUCAAAGUCCGAGAGUUCUCCAUUACAGAUGUUGUCCCCUACUCCAUCUCUCUAAAAUGGAAUUCAGCCGCUGAGGAGGGACUGAGUGAUUGUGAGGUCUUCCAGAAGAACCAUGCGGCUCCCUUUUCCAAAGUGUUGACGUUCUUCCGGAAGGAGCCCUUCACCCUUGAAGGUUACUACAGCAGUCCCAAGGAGCUGCCCUACCCCAACAGCACGAUAGGCCAGUUCUUGAUCCACAAUGUGGUUCCUCAGGCAUCUGGGGAGAGUUCCAAAGUCAAGGUGAAAGUUCGGGUCAACGUUCACGGCAUGUUCAGUGUAUCGAGCGCCUCGCUCAUAGAGGUCAUGAAAACCGCUGAGGGGGAAGAGGCGAUAGAGACGGACCAGCCAGCAAAGGAAGAGGAGAACAAAAUGCACGUGGACCAGGAGGAUCACAAACACCAGUCUGGAGACAACGCAGACAACAGAUCAGAGGUCGAGGAGAUGGAGACAGCAGAAGACGCCAAGCAGGCGAAGAAGAACGACCAGCCCCCUCAGGCCAAGAAGCCCAAAGUGAAGACGAAGACGGUGGAGCUGCCCAUCGAGAACAGUUUGCACGGGCAGCUGUCGGAUGACGCACUAAAUCUCUCUGUGGAGAAUGAGGGGAAGAUGAUCAUGCAGGAUAAGCUAGAGAAGGAGCGGAACGACGCAAAGAACAACGUAGAAGAGUAUGUGUACGACAUGAGGGACAAACUGCACGGGGUCCUGGAGAAGUUUGUGAACGAGGCUGAUCGUGACGCGUUCUUCUUGAGGCUGGAGGACACAGAGAACUGGCUGUAUGAAGACGGAGAGGACCAACAGAAACAAGUGUACAUUGACAAACUGGCUGAACUGAAGACAAUGGGCCAGCCAAUUUGUGAGCGAUACAUGGAAGCUGAGGAGAGACCAAAAGCUUUUGAGGAGCUCGGCAGACUGAUCCAGAUGUACAUGAAGAUCGUUGAAGCGUACAAGGCAAAGGAUGAGCUGUACGACCAUCUGGAUGAGCUGGAAGUGACUCGGGUCGAAAAGCAGGCAAAGGACGCCAUGAUCUGGAUUAGCAGCAAGAUGAACCAGCAGAAUAAUCAGGACCUCACUCUGGAACCAGUGGUCAAAGUCGGAGAGAUCCAGGCCAAGAUUAAGGAGCUUUAUUCAGCCUGUAACCCCGUGGUAUCCAAACCCAAGCCUAAGGUGGAGCCUCCCAAGGAGGAGAAUACGGAGAAUGGGCCAGUCAACGAGCAGGAGGCAACCGAGAGCCAGUCAUGCAACUCAGACAAAGCCACAUCUGCGGGCAUGGAACAAGGAGCGGCCGAGAACAAGCUUCCUGAAAUGGACAUCGACUAACUGUUGCAGCUGCAACCUGAGUUUCGCCUCCGUUUUGUCCUGCUACUCACUGUCGUUCUUCUGAGAUUUAUAUCGACGACACUGAAAACACAAACGGCAGCAUCCCUAAUUAAUCGUGUUCAUCAGCCAUCCUCAUCGGCAUGUCAUUUCUCUUUUUGUUUGAUGAAUACAAUGCAUAAUAUUAUUAAUGAAUAGACUACUUUACGACAUAACAGUUGUCGGUGUCGGGUGGAAGCUGCUUUCUCUGUGUUGCUUUGAUGGCCAUUAUGUUAAAGAUUGUUUAGUUCAGCAUCUCCUGAGCACAUUUAAGGUAAGACUGUCUGUCAGAUUUGAAGAAUUGUGAGCAAAGUGGCUGUGCAGAAGAAAACUAGUAAUACACAACGUUACAAUGUAAAGUAAUGCAGUGUGUCUCUAAAUGCGGUAGAGGUACUGAUAAACGAACAUGGACUGUUCCAAGUUGUACAUGACUUCAAAUAAUUGUAACUGCUGGAUUAUGAUGUAUUUAGUUUAAAGUUGAGGAAGAUGUUUUUAUUGAGUUUAAGUGUGCUGUAUGUUGAAACUAGAUACUAUAAGUUACUGUCAUGCAGUAUUUCAUUGUUUGGCUUUUCUCAUUCAAAAGCGAUGGUCCGUUGGUUCUCUGGUAGCCUUGUACUGUUUUGUUUUUUUUUCUACUUAAUGGUGCGAGCCAACAAAUUUCCUUCUGGGUGCUGCUGUUGUUGCUGCAUCACCAAAAAAAAGCAAAAAUAAACCUUGAACAAAAAAUAAAAGGAAUAGACAUUUGUUGCUAUUAGUGGACGAUACGAUAAUAGGUAAAGUGUACUAGGACAGACAAUGAUGAUGCACUGGUCACAGUUUCAUAAAUGUCACUACCAGUUUUCUUUCUUCUAUUUUCACAAAUAAUUGAGCGAAUAUAUGGCUGAAUAAACAACAUCUUAUGUUUUGGCUCGCUCAACACUGAACAUAAUAAUUGACACAAGUUUUAAUGCAUGUAAGUUUAUUAAAAUAAAUAUAUGAAAACCAAAUACCGGGCACCACAGAGGUGCUGCUGCAGCAGAGAGAGAGGGAGUUGAACCAUACCUUAGUCGGCACAGGUGCCUGCAAAUCAGGUGAUCCAACAUAUAGGGCUUAACAGGAAACUCCAAAAUAAAACAGGAUUUAACAAUCGUCAAAAUAAUUGUCAGGUGCUGACCUAAGUCAUGCAAUCAGUAAUCAAAUAUAAUAAUAAUAAAGCAAGGAAAGCAUUUAAUAUUGGAUUUAUCUGGUAUUUGAUAAUGUGAAUAUAAUAAAACUAAUUAAAUAAAGUUGGCGUCAAUGAUUUAACUU